UGAGGUUCGAGGCCCGGAGGGUUUCUCGGAGUCGGGUCACGAGGUCCGAGUCCGACACCAUUUUUUUAUUAGACUCUGAUAUUUAACAGAGCGACCGAGGGUCUGGUUUUCGUCCGACCCCCGUACACGUGGCACCAGAAAAGUUUUUCCCCAAAUUUCAAAAAAUCUCCCAAAGCUGAAGCCUAGGGUUUUUCCCCUGAGCGGCAGAGCUUAAUCGGCCUCGGCUUCAUUUCACGAUGAACUUGUCACAAUCGGCCUUGAUUUCCCAAUGUGAAGAUAAUUGGUCGUUGACACAUGAACAACCUGAUGAUGUUGUGCCCAUCGAAAUGGACCCUCAAAAUGAUGAAAAUGAAACUGUAGCUGAUGAACAGUUGAAAGAUAGUGUUGACAAUUGUCGUUCCAAGCUCAAGCUCAAGCUCAUAGAUGAAGUUAAAAAUGUUAAGGAACCUAAGGACGGUAUGCUAUUUGGCUCCAUAGAGGAACUUCUUGAAUAUUAUAGAAAUUAUGCAAAGCAAGAGGGUUUUGGUGUGGUACAAAAGAAGAAAAAAAAGUAUGAAAAUGGAGAUGUACAUUACAUCACUCUAGCAUGUGCUCGUCAAGGCAACGCACCAUCCAGCUCUAGUAAUAGCCUUUGCAAGCCUAGUAAAACAAGCAAAACAGGGUGCAAGGCUACUUUGAAUGCAACGUUAGUGGGUACAACGUGGUAUGUGACUAAUGUAAAUCUAGGGCAUAAUCAUGAUUUAAGCCCAGGUAAAGCGAGAUAUUUUAGAUGCAACAAGAAGUUGGAUCCUCCUACGAAGAGAAAGCUUGAUAUAGAUGAUAGAGCUGGAAUCCGUACGAAUAAGAUCUCUAACUCUCUAGCCGUUGGAGAGAAAGAUUGUCAUAAUUAUAUUGCGAAGUCAAGACAUCUUCGCCUUGGCAUAGGAGGUGCUGCAGCACUUCGUGACUACUUCAAUAGAAUGCGGAAAGUGAAUGAUGAUUUCUAUUUUGAUAUGGACGUGGAUGAUGACUGUAGGUUGAAAAAUGUGUUUUGGGCUGAUGCACGAAGUAGGGCAUCAUAUGAAGAUUUCGGGGAUGUGGUUACAUUUGACACGACAUACUUGACCAACAAAUACGAAAUGCCAUUUGUCCCUUUUGUGGGAGUAAAUCAUCAUGGUCAAUCAAUUCUUUUAGGGGCGGCAUUAAUUUCAAGUGAGGAUACAUCGACAUUUGUUUGGGUUUUUGAGGCAUGGUUGAAAUGCAUGAAGGGCCGAGCGCCAAUGGCAAUUAUAACGUAUCAAGAUAUGGCCAUAAAAAGUGCAAUUAAUAAGGUUUUCCCAAAUGCUCGACAUAGAUUUUGUUUAUGGCACAUACUGAAAAAACUUUCAGAAAAAUUUAGAUCACAUUCACAGUACAAUGCCAUUAAGAGUGACAUACGAAAUUGUGUGUAUGAUUCUCAGACAUGUGACGAGUUUGAUGCAAGUUGGCAGAGUCUACUUGAGUGUUAUAAUCUGGAGGAUAAUGCAUGGCUGCGUGGUUUAUACAGUGAACGGACUUUUUGGGUACCGGUAUAUUUGAAGGGCGUAUUUUGGGCCGGCAUGACUACCACACAACGGAGUGAGAGUAUGAAUGGAUUUUUUGAUGGUUAUGUACAGUCCUCCACCUCUUUGAAGGAAUUUGUAGAUCGAUACGAUGACGCUUUGCAUAAAAAAGUUGAGAAUGAGAAUGUUGCUGAUUUCAACUCUUUUAAUGCAACGAUUUCAUGUGUAAGCAGGUUUCCCCUUGAGAAGCAAUUUCAAAAAAUUUACACCCAUGCAAAGUUAAAAGAAGUUCAAAAGGAGAUUACAGAGAUUAUGUAUUGUAGUUGCUCUCUUUUAAAAAGUGAAGGUGGAAUUAGUACCUAUCAAGUGAUGGAACGAGUAGAAACUAAUGAUGCCUACAUGAAAAAAGUACGCUUUACUGUUUACUAUAAUGAACCUUCAUGUGAAGUGAACUGCAGUUGUUGUUGGUUUGAAUCAAGAGGAAUUUUGUGCAGACAUGCCAUAUCUGUACUCACCAAAUUUGAAGAUGUGGAAUUGUUGCCGGAAAAAUAUUUUCUAAACCGAUGGAGGAAGGAUUUGAAGCGACUAUAUAAGUUUAUUAAAAGUAGUUAUGAUCCCUUGAGUGACAGUCCUACUGCAGAUCGAUAUGCUGAAUUGUGCAAAAACAUGUGCGCGUUAGCCGCAAUCGCAGCACCAAACGUGGACCAUUACACGGAAGUGCAAAAUCAUGUUGCUAUGUUAACUAAGAAAUUAAGUGGUCAAAGUCCACCUUCUCAAUCACCUCCAAGCGCAAAAACAGAUCGCUAGUAGAUGAACUGGACACAAGUGAAGAUCUGUUGCCUUUUGUAACCGAUGUUCAGCAUGACCAAGUAAUUGGAACUUAAAAUAGUGUAGUUACACAGACAUUCGGGAAUCAACAAACCUCAUGUCCUAUUGAAGGAGAUUUCAUAUAUUUGUAAGUAUUUGGUUUUUUAGCAUUUCCUGCAAAGUUGAUUUUCUGUUGUUGCUAUUGCCUAAGGUGUUCUUACAUGUUACUU